AUCGAUUUCUAUGAUCAGUGAAUAGAAGAGGAUAUAUAGAUCCCAUUGUGUAAGCUGUUUAAAAAAUAUCUCAAGGAAUGAAAAAGAUUGCAGUUUGAAUCCAUACGUAAAUCCUCGCCAAACAACGAAAGAGCUCGAUGGAACAAAGAAGAAGGCUACUUUUAUUGAAAACGGCUGUAUGUUUGGCCCAUGAUGUGAAAUCAGAUGAUAAAAGCAACAAGAAAUUGGUGUGAAAUGGAAAGAUGAUAUUUGGUUUAUUGCUUCAGACUGUGCUUGUUGCGUCUACAGGGUCAUUAGACCGACCUAUGGGAGAUCAUCAUCAAGUGAAAAAUAGCUCAGAUUGCCACCAUACCUUUAGUUAUAAAACAUCAAGUACAGGAAUGUUCGCCUCCCCAAGCUUCCCUCGGGAGUACCCGGACAGCAUGGUGUGCAGUUACUUCUUCCACGCCUCACCCAGCGGAAAAGUACAGAUCACCUUUGACUACUUCAGCUUAGAGAAACCGUCAGACAAUGGUUGCACAUUUGAUUACUUGGAAAUAUACUAUGUGAACCAAAACGGCUUUAAGGACCUCAUCGACAGGCAUUGUGGCACGAAUACGCCGAAAGACUUUAUAUCUCAGCAUUCGAAAAUGGAAAUUUUGUUCGUUUCCGAUUUUACGAAACACUCGAAUGGAUUUCUCGCCCACUAUACUUUCCUUGGGGACAAAUUUUCCAUCGCAGACUGGCAUCAUUUUGGCCCCUCCACGAUCGGGUGUGGACCAGAGUUUCUAAUGGGGUCAGGAGGGGUUAUCUCCUCCCCUGGAUAUCCUGAGUUUGCCCUUCCCAGAUCCAGCUGCACCUGGAUCAUCGUUGUCAAGGAAACAGAGAAAAUUUUGUUGACCCUCGUUGACCUUUCCAGUAGUAGUCAACAAACCGGAAAUCACUGUAAUGGUACAAAGUUGGCGAUUUAUAACGGCUUUGCCGUUCCCGGGAUGUUAUCAGAGAGGGCUUACUGUGGUCCACUGUCCAGUGUCCACCACAGAAAGCGAGAGUACUGGUCCUCAGCCAGCAGAGUAGUCAUAAGAUUUGAAACAGACGUUUAUGGUCUUACCUUAGCAUUUCGACUUACUUGGACGGCGGUGGAAUUGGUAGAAAACGAUAAUUGUCCCAGAUUCCUUUGUCAGGGUGAAUCGUGCGACGAAGAAUCAUCCGAUUGUAAAUACACAAAAUUAAAAAUCUGUAUUGACAAGUCCUUAGAAUGUAAUGAGAUGCCAAACUGUGGUUAUUCAGACAACAGUGAUGAAGAAAAUUGUUUUAAUAAAAUACUAAUGAUAGUGGUUUACGCGGCAGUGCCGUCUGUGAUAUUAAUAUUAGCUAUAAUACUGAUCGUCUACUGUUGUCGGCGUCACAAGCAAAAACAACUUCACAUAGUGAAAUCAACAGAAAAUAACUCAUCCCAACAAACCCAUUGGGUUUCUCCGCAUAUCAGAAGCCUGGAAAACAGUCCAGUGACAAACCGAUCUCCUCUCAUCCAUACAACAUCGUUCGUGCCAUCCAAACAUUCCUCUAACCCAGCUUCUCCAAAACGAGACACAAAGCGUGUUACCAUUAUAGACACAUUUGAUAUGAAAGAGUUGAGACACUCGCCGGAACAGCACAAUGUAAACGGUGGAGCACAGUUUAACGAAAGUAACAUGAAACACAUAGUGACACCUUGCGGUGAAAAUAAUGCUAAUGAAGUAGUAACUCGUGUUCAUGUUCCUGUAGAAGGCAUUUUAAAGACAUCUCCACAAAAUUUUAGAACUCAUCAAAAAAGACCUUCAUAUCAUCUGAUGCAAGAAUUCAAUAUGGAAGGAACGGAUAUAUAUCAAUGAAAAUAUGAUAUUUAUAACUCUUAGCAUCUUGUUUUAUAUUUUAUUAACAUUUUUGACUUUUCAAAACGUGAUGAAGAGAUUGUACUUUUAUUCCGAUAAAAAAGAUAUUUUUAUUCAUUUAGUUUGGAGUCUGUAGUACAUGUAGUAUAUCCUAAAUAGUUUUAUAGAAACCAAAAGGAUUUUUACCACAUCAUAUAAGGAGUUAUUGCA